AUGUGCCUUUCUAAUAGGACUAAUCUUAAAUCCCCAGGAUGUUCGAAUUGUAAAAAUGCCAAUUCGAAAAAUUGCUCUAGUUGUUCUUUAAUGGAAGUCGAAAAAAAAAAUGAAAGGAAAAGUUCCUUAUUUUCAUUCCAUACCAAAAAAAUUAUAUUAGUUUGUGGAAUAAUAUAUGUAUCCUUAUGGAAUGUUAACAUAUGCGGAGACCAAUACCAAAAGGCUGCUGAUUUUAAUUUUAGAGAAAGCAGAGUUUUAGCUGAAAGCAAAAAAGCUAGUACAAAAAAAGCAAAGACUACAUUAAGAAAUACUAAGCAGACAACUUUAACUAGCGCCGAUCCAGAAGGACAAGUAUUAAAAGCAUAUGCUGCUGAUCCAGAAUAUGUUAAAAACUUACAAUUCUAUGCUCAAUUAUUAAGUAACACCGAUCCAAAUGAUGAAGUAGAAGGUAGCUACGAUCCAGAAGGACAAAUAUUAAAAGCUUAUGCUGCUGAUCCACAAUAUCGUAAGAACUUAAGAUUCUUUUAUAAUGUAUUAACUCACAACCCUGAAAAUAAUGCAGACGGUAACGCUGAUCCAGAAGCACAAUUAUUGAAAGCUUAUGCUGCUGAUCCAGUAUAUCGUAAACACUUAAGUUGGCUUCAUCAAGUAUUAAGUAACACCGACCCAAAUGAUGAAGUAGAAGGUAGCUACGAUCCAGAAGGUCAAGUAUUGAAAGCUUAUGCUGCUGAUCCACAAUAUCGUAAGAACUUAAGAUUCUUUUAUAAUGUAUUAACUCACAACCCUGAAAAUAAUGCAGACGGUAACGCUGAUCCAGAAGCACAAUUAUUGAAAGCUUAUGCUGCUGAUCCAGUAUAUCGUAAACACUUAAGUUGGCUUCAUCAAGUAUUAAGUAACACUGACCCAAAUGAUGAAGUAGAAGGUAGCUACGAUCCAGAAGGUCAAGUGCUUAAAGCCUAUGCUGCUGAUCCAGAAUAUCGCAAACACUUAAAUUGGCUUCAUCAAGUAUUAAGUAACACUGACCCAAAUGAUGAAAGUUCUUAA